GGAUGCGUUCCUCUAAGUAGAAAAACUACAAAGCGAGUUGUUAGCGUAAGGAGAAGGUCCGUUCAGUUUUUCCUGCCUGCCAGCUGCCAAUAGGCAGCCAAAAUGCUGGCCGUCCUGUGUGUGCUGUUUUUAUACUUUUAUAACCCGGUUUGUGGAGUUUUUCAGAAACUUUACUGCACCAUAUCAGACAGCUGCGACUGCGACUUCAAGCCGAACAUCAGAGACCUGGAGUGGGACCUCUACAAAAAUCUUUACGGACAACACUUGGCCCAGGACAUUGUGUCAGAGGAGGUUACAAGGUUCCUUCAGAAUAAAAACCCUGAGCGGCCCCUCGUGCUGUCUUUUCAUGGCUCCUCUGGGACUGGGAAGACGAUGGUCAGCUCAAUGCUGGGAAAUCAUCUGUACGGAUCUGCGAUGAGCAGCCCGUACGUCCAUCAGUUUGUCCCCACGCUGCACUUCCCUUUACCUGGCCGGGUCAAGAAGUACAGGGAGGAGUUGAAGAGCUGGGUGCAGGGGAACUUGACAGAGUGCGCUCGCUCUGUUUUCCUUUUUGACGAGAUGGAGAAGUUGCCUCCAGGUCUCAUCGAUGUCUUGGAGCCCUUCCUGGGUCCCUCCCACGUUGUGUUUCGUACCAACUACCGCAAGGCCAUCUAUGUCUUUAUUAGCACCACAGGGGAGGAGGUGAUUAACAAAAUGGCAGUGGAGAACCGGCAGGCUGGACAGGACAGAGAGGAGAUUAAAUUGGCCGACUUGCAAAAAGCCAUCGCAGAAACAGUGUACAACAGCAACACAAGUGGCUUCUUCCACUCCAGCAUCAUCCAGCAGAAGCUCAUCACCAGCUUCGUUCCGUUUCUUCCGCUGAGUCGACACCACGUCGAGCGUUGUGUGCGCUCGCAGCUCUGCCAGCGAGGUAGCUGUGCCCGCAGUGACGUGGUAGAGGCAGUAGGGGGCGACAUGAUCUACACUCCCAGUUCAGGAAAGUACUUUUCCUCGACAGGCUGUAAAGCUGUCCCUGCCAAAAUCAACCUCUUCCUGUGAGUUGAGGGGUUGGGGAGCUGUUUGAUGAUAUAUGACUGAAAGGGAAACUCCCUCUGACGUGAGUCAGUGAAAAGAAAAGAUCUCCGAGACUGUCUCAUUUAGAGCAGCAUCUGGAACAGGCUGAGAUUCAGAGUUGACGAGGCCUCCUGCGCUCACAACUCCCAGAAUUCAAAGUGGUUUUGUGCCAUCGGUGUCUCUGAAGGUAUCUCUACCGAAGCAGUCGCUACAUGUCCAACUGUGAGCACAGGAGAGUUUAUUCCCUGAGCUUUACUCAGUGUCUAAAUCAGCCACGCUCUACCUCAAACCCACCGCUCCCUUUUAAUUUAUGAACUCUUAAGUUGGUACAGUGCGGCUUCAGAUUUCAGCUGCAGUUGAUUUACCAUCAGUGCGGGCCAUCCAUUACUUUACUCUAAAGUUUAUUUAUCCUGUAUUUAUUUCUCAACACCACCCUCCUUUUGCUCUCAUACAGUCACACUGUUCACUAUGGGAAGGUUCCCAAUUCGCCCAUGCAUAGGAGGCGAAGGAGGAAGAAGCUUUUCUCACUGAUGCAGAUUUUCAGUUUUUUAGUUUACUAAAAGGGACCAGCAGUUCCUUAAAGGGAGUCAAAAGUCAAACGAUUUGUUGGUUUAAUGUGUUUUUUCUAGUGGAAAAAGUCUUUAUGGUCAACACAAAGUUGCAAAGAGUUUGUGCAUGCAGCAGUUAAAGAUCUAGAUCUAUUGAGCUAUCGAUUAUGAUGUAAUUGUGGCUUCUUUUCCUUUUUUUUUUUUUUAAUGGGGAGUAGAAAUUGAUUUCAUGAACUCAUUCAACUUGUGUGCAAGUGUUUAAAAAAACACUAGAAUAAGAAAUACAAUGUUUUCACUUUGAGUAAUUGGGUUUUAAUUCCAUGUAAGAUUGAGAAAUAUAGCAGAGGUUUAAGCAGUACAUUCAGGGCAGAUAUUUUAGCUCAUGCCAUCAUUGGUUUUUAAUCAAACCUAACCAUUUAAAAGUAUACAAUAAUUAUAAUGAUAUCAACAAAUACUGGUUUUUAAAUAGGAAUUGAUAUAUGAGCUCCCAGAAUAAAUGCAUUUUAUGACUUUACUCAGCCAAUUUUAGUUCUCCUCUGAAUUAAUGCUGUACCAAAUUACAUAUUGUAUGUAUUGAUGAUGUAUUUUCUUCUAGGAGGCUGUGUUGAGAUUUAAGUGAUACCUAGGUCCUGUCUGAAGAGUGCCAUGUCUAUUUUAAAUAAAUGGAAAAACAGAAGAAAGGAAAAGAAAUCUAAAGGAAAAAAUAGAUUUUACUUGAAAAUGGUUUAACUUUGCAACUUGUCCAACAGGGGUUGAUGUUAGAGCUUUGGUGCAGGUCAUCAGUUGUGCCAUGAGGUGGCAGUAAAGACUUAAUUUGGCCAUGAGUGGAAGAGUUGAAGCAGAGUUCACCUGCUGCUAAGUGCAUCUUAAUUCAGUUUAUGCUCAUGUGUGAGUUCUGUUUAAAAAAAAAAAAAAAAACUUUAUUUUUGUUUUAGUGUAAAAUGUUUGCUGCCUGUGUGUUUAAACACACUCAAAGUGCACUUUACUUUUGGACCAGAUGUUUUAUUGAGAUGAAGAGCAGUUUGUCUCGCUCCAUCUUUGUGAAGGCAAAGAAUGUGAUGAGAAGUCUGUAUGUAUCUGCCAAAAAAGCCACGAGUCUGAAUUGUUUCCGACUAAUUAAUCAUUAUAAAGCAUCAAUUAUUUGUUGUAUUAAGUGAUGGAGAAGACCUGUGGCAGCAAGUCAUACAAUUAAAAUGCAGCAAUAUUCAAGGCAAAGACACAUGGAUAGACUGCAUACUGAUACACGAUACAGACGCAUCAUAUUCAGAAGUCUGUAACGGGCCUUUACUGUUCAGUCAGCAUUGACAACCUGUUCAAAAUGAAGCCAUCAGUAUUUAGAUGCAUUGUCAUCCUAGUACAGUAUUGUUUGUAGUAUUUUUCUUCUUCCAUAGAGAAGGUAGCCUGCAAACUUUCACAAGACUCUAAGCAAAAUGGUCAGUUGUGGCACGUAGCACAGCAGCCAGGCACUAUCAGUGGUGAUCAGACUUCCUACCCUGCUAUGGUAGAUGGAUAUCAUCUCCCACAACAAUCACUACCAGAAGCAGCUGUUUGUUUGUUUUUAAUUUUAUAUCUUCGAGUAUCAUGUGAUCAUGAAAUUUGAGCCACUGAAGUGACUGACGCUUACUCUAAAGCCAAAAUAAAUAAAUAAAUACACAACAAAA